UACUCAAAUGAUUGGAGUGAUUCGAUUCAAGUUACCAUAGCAAAACAAUAUGGCAGUCGGGUUUUUCGUGUAAACAAUAUGAGAAUGGUUACAUUUUAAGCACGUCUAUCAAUGAAUGGCUUUAGCAAGGCUCCCACCAUUAUCUGGCUCUACAAGCACUCCUUAUCUUUUAGAAAGACUUGAAGGACCAUCUUACAGGGUCAAUGGCAAACUGCAUGCAUUACCUUCUCCAAGAGCACUAAAACCCUAUGUAGAUACCCAAGCUGGGGAGCUAGACACAUGGCCAGCACAUGCCAGCAGUCUAGCCACAUCCACAACUGUGGCUGUGCUCAACAAAAAUAAAAACCUGAUGUUGGUAAAAGAAGAUGAAAAGGGGAAGAUCACUCCAAAACCCAGAUUUCUGGAGCAGCUUGAGACCUUCUUGAAGAAAGAACUACAAGCUCUGGGUGUGACAGAUGUUCAACCUAGCGAGCUCCGACUCCAAGCACAUCGUGAGGUAUUUGAAUACCUGAUUGAAGACUUUAAAACAUACAGACCUUUGUUAUCAACUAUAAAAAAUGAAUAUGAAAUGAUGUUAGCACACCAGAGACAACAAAUUAGACAGCUGGAACCUCUCAAACAAAUGCUAGUGACCAUGUCCGAGGAAUGUGACCUGAAGAUCAUGGCUAUAAGAGAAGAUGAAAAAGGAGAAAUUUCUGAUUUAAAGAAAGAGAACAGAAAAUUGUAUGGCCAGAUAUCAAAUCUAAUGGUUGAGCAAGAAGAUUUAAAAGAGCAAGUGAACAAUUUAAAGAAAAAACUUGAAGAGGAAUACAAAAAGUAUAGAGAUGAAUGUGAUGCUCGCAAACUUCUGGUAGCAGAUGUCAAUGAUUUGAGAUACCAACAAGAGGAUUACAUUGCUUCCAAGAAUGCAGCUCUGAUGAAUCAGGACACUGAAGAGGAUCCUGUCAUUAUGAAAAUAGCUUUACAAAAAUCUCGAGAAGCAGAAACUGCUGCUACAAAGAGGCUGAAUGAAAUGAUUGCCAAUUAUGGAGAUGUUAUACCCAGGAGAGAUUUUGAAAUGCUUGAAGCAAAAUUUAAGGAACUUGAAGAAAAAUAUGAGUUAUCUCAACAAGAUUUUAGAAAAAUGCAAGCUGAGUACAAUGCCCUGCUGGAUGUACAGAAACAAGUGACACAGAAGAGAGAUGAGUUUUAUAUAGAGCUAGAAACACUAAAGAGAAGUUCAACACCUAGACCACAUUGGGAUAAAUGUGCUGAUUAUGUCCAAGGUGGCAGUGUACGCUGGCAACAACUCUCAGAAGGUAAACGUAGUACAGAGCUAGUGGAUGUUCUCUUGAAUGAAAUACAAGUUGGUGGUUUUGUGGAUACUGUUGGUGCUGACUAUUUUGAUCCCCAGGGCACUGGAGCAGAAGUACCAAUCUACUUAAGACAUGACCAACCAGUCAGAAAUAGAAGGCUAAGUAAAAGAGACACAGCUCUGCUGGUCAGAGACAUCUGGAGGACAAAAUCUGUUAAAGAUGCAGAGAGAACAGAUGGUACACGUCAAAACAUGGGAGAGUUUUUGUUUGAUUAUCUGAAGACUCGCUUCCCCUUGGAACAAAUUGUGAUUGAGUGGGGCUACAAUCUUCAUGAUGCAUGUCAAAGAUUUGCUCAUGAUGAUGUCAUUGGUCUCUUUGGCAGAGUAUUAAAUGGAGAGGCUGAUGAGGAAAUAUUUCACAGUCAACUCUUGACCAUUCAUGGUCUGCUAACUCAGAUGACCAAACUGGACAAUGAGCUGGGUAAUGUUGGAACAUUGGGCUCUGAGGACUUCAAAAAAUGCCUGCGUGAGUUUUUCCAUUUGUCAGGUGACAAUGAGGAUGACUCUUCUGCGGAGAUGACCAUGUUUAAAGCUGCUAAUGUUGAACUAGAGAUCACAGAUGAAAUGCCUUUAGACUAUAAGAGUUUGUUUACUGAGGAUGAUGAGGGUAAGACAGGACCAUUCCUGGAUGAAGUCAAAACAUUUUUAAAGACUAAAAAGGAGCAGUACAUCAAUGAUAUUAAGGAACAGUUGGAAGCCAACAGCACUGUCUCGGUUGAUGACUUGAUGAGGGCAAUCUCUAUAGUUGACCCAGAGAUCACUCAUGACAAAAUACAAGAGUACUUAGCCUGGGCUUUUCACAAUACCAAAGAUGGCUUAAAAGAUGUGAACCCUGUAGACCAGUCCAUUCUUCUUGAGCGUUUGAUAAAUGGAAAUAUUACAAGACUGGGCAGGAAGUAACAGAAUGUUACUAUUGACUGAUUGAAAUGUAGCAAGGAAUUGAAUGUCUUAGGUUUAAUUAAUUAAUAUUGUUGAAACAUUAAUGUAAUACAUAUUUGAAAAAGGGAGUGGUUUAGAGUGCACAGAGCAUGACUGAGCAAGAAAAUGUGUACUACAAAUAAAGUUUUAAAAAUGUAAUAAAAAUAAUUGUUUA